AUGCCAGAUUGCAUGGUCUUGCCGGUCGGAUCGUUCCCUCUCAAGACCUACUUACCUUAUGCCGACGUGGAUAUGGUAAUGUUUCUGCCUCCAAAGGCCACCUCGACCAGCGAAGGUCCAGCGGGAGGGGUUGGAGGGGAAAGUUCAGGAAAGGAGGGGCGCAAGGACCAUGAGCGAGAGGAGGCGACGGACGCCCAUUCCGGCGGCGAUGACGGCAAGGGUACGGGCGCGAUACGCGCACCGGCGCUGAUUGCUGCUACCAUGGCGCUGUGCAAUGCGGCCAUGCAGGCCAGUUCCAAGCGAGGGUCUCCAGGGCACAGCCGUUCUUGGUCUCCCUUGCUCGAGACUGCGAAACCCGAGAUCCGCAACGUGUCGCUUAUCAACGCGCGAACGCCAAUCGUUACAAUGGUCGUUGGGAACGUGGAUGUCGAUCUCACGGAGAACCAAGGGGGGAGCGUAGCGGCGUUGGCUUUACUUGAGGAAGCGGACAACCUCAUUCAGGGGAAUCACCUCUUCAAGCGAAGUUUGUUACUCCUCAAGGCAUGGGCAUGGUGCGAGACACCUCGAUUAGUUGGGAGUCGUGUCCUGGGCGCCCGAAAGGGAGGCCUGACAAGCUAUGGCCUCUCCGUGAUGGUUCUGCACUUGUUCGCGUCGAGUGCCUCGGCAGAUGCCCUCGUACACCCGCUGGACGUGUUGAUACGUUUCUUUGAGGUGUACUCGGAGUUUGACUGGGCUCGAUAUUGCCUUACCCUGGACGGACCGGUUCCUUUGGAGUCCGUUGGCGGAUCACACCCGUACGAGGGCUCGCACGGCAACGGCGGCACAAGUUCUAGGUUUCAGCCCCUCGUGAAGAAGGUUCUGGCGGAAUUGAUUCGGGUGCCCGAGAAGGAUCGUAAAAAAGAGAGGGAGAAGGCGGAAGAGAAGGAUGAAGAUAAAGCCGGGCGCCGCGGGCAGCGAGCGAGCAGGUUUGGACGAUUGUCUGACAGGCACGCCGAAGAUGCGUUGCCGGGGACACCGCGUUUUGCGGCUGGGGUGAUGCCGCACUUUCCCAAGCGAAGGUGUAACAUCCAAGACCCUCUCAACGCCCUCAAUAACCUCGGAUAUUCCGUGACGAAGAACAACCUCAAGGCGCUGAAGCGGGCGCUUCAACAGGGGCGGAAGAAGCUGGAGGCCUGGCACCUCGUGUCGCACCCUUCACCGUGUCGUUCCCACCCCAAGAGCGAUGGAGCGCUGCGAAGACCACGCGAGGCGGAGGUGUCGGGGACGGGGCGGUCGCAAGGAGUGCGCAGCGUGGAGGAAAAGCGUGACACUCGGCUGUUUCAGGCAGGGGUAGGGGUGGGAAGUGAAAGGGCGGAAGCGGAAGCCACGAGACGGGAGGGGGAGGACCGUGGGAUGACUGGCGGCGGUAAUGCUCCGGGCCCUCAAGCUUCGCUUGAGCCCGCCGCACCGGUGCUGGAACAAUUCAAGUCUACUUCCGGUGUCGUUCACCAUCUCGGUCCACCGGCGGCGGCUCAGUUAGGUCCUCCACCUUUCACCCUGCACGCUCAACAUCCUGGUACGAACGUGAUUGUUGGCCCGUCCUUACCAUUUGUUCCCGGUGCUCAUCCGUUCGUGACGGCACCACGACACUACGCCGUUCUUGCUUUUCCACGGCCUGUCUUGCAGGCAGCCCCCCAACAGCACCAAUAUGUGCAUCAAGCGCAACGGUACAUCCUUCCGCAGGUGCAGCCGGUUGCACCGUGGCCAAACUCGGCGAUAUUGGUGCCCACACCAGGGGUCCAAGCACACGCCCACUUUCCGCCACAGUGGCAACAGCUGCAGAGGGUGUUUCUGGGGCCGGGGCCGCACCCAGGCGGUCAUCAGCUUGGUCCUGACCAGCAGAGAUUUUCGGUAGUGAACGGGAACGUGUCGUCGGAGUGGUGCAGAUAUCAGGCGACGGCCCGCUCGGACGUGUGCGUAGUUGGGCCGGAAACAGCGACGAGUCAACAGUCAGCGCCCCGAGGUCAGGAGGCGAAGGAUCCCUUCGCGGAUAAAGAAAAGUGCAAGGGCGGGCGACGUAAACGUCAAAAGGAAACUCACGACCAGGUAAUGCAGGGACCGUUGCUGCCUCGGGAAUUGCCGUCCUUCGUCAAUGCCUCUCCAACUUCGUCCACGGCGUUCUUGUCCGAGGACGGCAGCAAGGAUGGACAGGAUUGUCAGUCGCACUGUGAGAGUGGUGCUGAAGAUGCUGUGCACGACGUCCUAGCGAAGGAGAGCCUCUUCGUUUUGUCCUUGGGUGAUUCCGACCACAGCGAUACGAUGGCGGACACUCGACAUCAAAAGCGUGGCGAAGGGCAGAGAGCGGGGAUGAAAAGGGCGAGCGGAAACUUGCGGGCGAACUGGUUCCUGCGUGAGUUUUUCCCGGAAUGCUGUCAACGCUACGGUUCUGGUGACGGUUUCCGCGACGAUCUCCUUGAUCACCCGUGCGAGUGCAAGAUCAGACUCCAGGAGCCCGGCUCUCUUCCGCCGAGGCGACCCGAUGCUCCGGAUGUGCUGCAAGGUGCACCUGGGGAAGUCUGGAAAUCCUUGACGGUUAUCGGUGGAAUGAUGCGCGAAAUCGCCGCGCAGACGAACGACCGCAGGAAGGAAGAAUCGGCACAGCCCCGAACAGAGACCAACCGUGCAGCGAUAGGGGCAGAGGGAGGCGGAAUAGGUGGCGGGCGUGGGUUAGGGCGUUCCCGUGUUCAUGUGGGGCAUCAAGCGGGAAUCGAGCCGCGCGUGGUUCAGGCCCCGCGGGCGGCUCUUGCUUCUACUUGCACGAGUGGAGACCGUUCUGCCUUGUCGGCGAAUACGGGGGUCGAUUCGCGUGGGCUAGAGGUGUUGCGGCCAAACCGGGUGUCUCACCAAGUGGAAGAUGAGAAUCGGUCACAGCGGAGGGACGGGGGCAGGCCGACCGCCGCCACAGUACGGCCGCAGGUGCUCGUUGACGACGAGACGGGUUACACCACCAGCGAAGAGCAAGGCGAUCGGGAAUGUUGUACCUCAUGCGGUGGAGAAUCUCGAGAAGACGGAAGCCUUCCUUCGCCUCCAGUCGAAGCUCCAUCUUUGGCUAAGCUUUUCCCCGUCUCCUCCUCGACACAGACGCUGAACACGGCUUCGACUGACGAAGUGCGGGUUGACGUUGGCGUCCAGUGCUGUGCUCCCGACUCUAUUGAUCAAGGGGUGCAAUGCGUGGUUCCUUCGCCCAAGUUGAGGGUCUCAUGUGCAUCGCAGUGUGAACCGAGUAGGACAUCGAUUUCGACAAGAGUGCAGUGCGUCAUCCCAGCGCCGACAAUGGUGGUGUCUCGGGCCAGUCAGAGCUGCUCCAGGGCCUUUAGGCAGGCAUCUAGUGGGGUUCAAUGUUCUCUGCUAGUAGAAGCAGCUGAGGGUGACGGCGGUGCAGUGAUCAAGGCCCUCCGCGGUGGACAUCCUUCGCCGAGCUCGCCCCAUGCAGGUGUAGCGACUGUCGGGAUUGAAGACGUCAUGGCACCCGCUUUCGAGGAUAUGUACAAAGAACCACACGAUUCGAAGGAAGAUUUAGAAAGAGAUCUGCCUCAGUCUCCCGGGUCAGGUAAGACGGCACGUGUCGUCCCCGCGGUGGCCCUGAGCGACUCUUGUACUGGAGGCUGCGGGGGUGAUGGAGCACCAGCCCCCAGAAGCAAGAAAAGGCGAAAGAAGGCCAAAGCAGGCUUUGCAGCGGGAAGAUCAGCUGCUGCGAAAAGUGUGAUGAACCGGCCGUCUGAGCCCUGGUCGAAUGCACAAGGCGUUGGGGUGGGCGGGUGGACGCGUUGGCUGGUGAGCAUGGCGGCCUUCUGUGGGGUCGUGGGUCUCGUGCUCACGGCAGCAGGGGGAGCGUUGAGGGGCGCGGGAGAUGCGAGCUGGCAAGGCGGCGAUCGACUGACACCGCGCGUUGUGCACGAGGGUCAGACAAAGAGAGCUCAACCCCCUCUGUGGGUGGCAGCUGGGAGGAGUCUCACCCUUGGAGACGUGCGUGCGUCUCGAGAUUAUGCUUUGAUGGCGAACGACACCGGCCGGGUCCAAUGGUUCCGGGGCGGGAACGUGCUUCCGGGGCAAACCAGGCCAUUGCUGAUGAUUUCGGAAGUCAGCAUGGAGGACGAGGGCACGUACGCCUGCUUUGCUGUCGAGGAGUCUGGUAGAAUAGGUAGCACACCUUUGUGGGAGGAGGCCACUGUACGGAUCAGCGAACCGCCACUGGUGGAGUCUCAGCUCCAAUCACAACGUCUCGCGCGCGGAGAAAUGCUUGCCAUCGUUGCCACUGCAAGCGGAGUGCCCCAGCCAGAAUACCAAUGGCGGCGAAAUGGCGUGCCUAUUCCAGGAGCGACCCGCCCUAUGCUGGUGAAGCAUGGUGUGUCUGAAGCUGACAUGGGCACCUACACUUGUGACGUGUACAACGUAGCGGGGAGGGUGCAGUGGGAAGAAAUGGCCGUGAUACUGCGCGAAGAUAGAUCCAAGCGAUAAGAACAGCGGAGUGACAUUGUACCGAUUGACACGUCAUUCAUGGGUGACUGAAAAAUGUAAAGAGCAGGUUGCGUGUAGGUUUAAGCGUAGGGUUGGCUGCUCCCUUCCCCUGUCAGUAGGGAUGAGCAAAUGAGGGGUAUGUGGUGAACGGCCAAUCAUUUUUUUAGUGCUCCCUUCCUCUGUCAGUAGGGAUGAGCUAAUCAGGGGUAUGUGGUGAACGGCCAGAGCUCAUUUUAUUUAGCACUCUUUGUUGCUAGUGUACAUCAGCUAGAAUCAUUUGAUCCCAUUAGCUUGUUAUUUACGCUUGUGGUGCAAUAGUCGAGUAAUGUGUCUUGUGGUGGUGGACGCGGAGAUGGUGUGUCGUGGUGCAGUAGGUGAGCAUCGAGGUAGAGAUACCGGUGGCAUAGCUCCACUUCUGUUUUCGGUCGUCCUUCUUGGCGAAAACAGGUAAACUAUAGUUUGGUGUUUUUCCAACCUCUCCCUUUCAGCGGUGUCGACCACAAUAUUGCAGCUUGUCUUUCGCAACCAAGCACCUCGGUGGCAAAGCUGUUUGGAGGUAUGGGCACACCAUGGUGAGAUCCCGUUCGCUCGUGUUCUAAUGAGCAUCGUAUCAUACUGCAGAUACAUGAUACGUUGAGGCACUUCGUAUAUUUUGGCUAUCUGUGGCACACGGCUGUCUGGGGCACAGCCAUCCUCAG